AUGCCUUCAACAAGAAAUGAUGCAGCUGAUCAACUGUGGGAUGACAUAGAGACAGAGUUGAACAUCGAAACCAUUAAGGCUACUGCUGCAUUAAAUAAAUCUAAUCCAGCUGAUAAACUUAUUAACGUUUCUUCCUCUAAUGAACUCGAAGAUCAAUCUUCUAAUCCAUCAUGUUCAAUGUCUGAAGAAAACAAUUCUCAUUCGGGUGAUGUUUUUUCUCCAACUAAAAGGCUAGAAAAUGCAACGCAUCUAGUCCUAUUACAGAAAGAAACAUUUGGUAUGGUUGUGAGAAACAGAGUAGUCGAAUGUGAAGAUGUUCGGCUGCCACGUGGUACUAUCAUGAAACCCGUGAGUCGUGCUCAAGAUUUUGCCGCUUUGCUCGGUAGAAUGAAGCCAUAUUGCAUUGCGCUGGUGGAUAUUUUGGAUUCAUCCACCUUUGCCAUCAUCAGAGAAUCCGAUAUCAUGCGAAUCAACGACGAUCAAGCAUUAAUUCUAAUGGCCAUGUCAGCUGAGAAGCGUUUUCAACUUCAUAACGAUUUCGAACAUUUCGUAUUCGUGGAAGGUUUGAAAAAAGGAGAUCUAGUGAUGGUCAAUGCUGAACAGAACGUGUCGGAGGACAGUUUUCAAGGAAGGAUUAUCGAGAUUGUGGAAAUUGAGCAUCGAUAUGGUCUUUGGUUCUAUGUGGAACCAUAUGGAAUGAAUGAACAUGAAUAUUCUUCUCCUCGACAAGCCUAUUAUAAUGGGUCACAGCUCUCGAAACCAGCUUGGAAUUCGAUAGCCACUUAUGGAUAUAAGCCGACAAAGCCACCCACUGAAGUCCGCAAUGUGCCCAUCCGACGAGUAGAACAUCGUGUUGAAACUGUUUUUGAUGCAGAUAAUUCGUAUCAUAGACAUAGAGUGAAUGGAGAUGGCAACGAAUUCGAAAAAGAUCUUACCACAUGGGAUGGCGAGCUCCGCUCCAUAAAUGAUCCCAUGAGAGAAUGGCGAAAUUCUGGAGAGCAUCGAGAGAAACGACAUUCAACAACCCGACGUUCCAAUAAUAUCCCGAAUAAUCGCCCUAGCAGCUCUCAGCCGAGCCGAAGUCAAAGUGCACAUGUAGUCGCCGUUUAUGAUCGAACUUUUAGUGUUGAUGACAUAACGAAGACGAACGGAGCCAGAGUUGGAGAUCGUUGUCGUUGGAUUGACGGCGAUAAAUCCCAUUUGGGUUAUAUUCGAUUCAUCGGACAUCUGAAAGGGCAUUCCAAUCUAUAUGCUGGCAUUGAAUUCGAUGAUGCUAUCGGUAGAGGCACAGGUGUCUUUCAAGGUGAAAUCGUUUUCCAAACUCCGGAAAAUCGAGCUGGAUUCGUUCUUUUGUGCUCUUUAGUGAUUUUGUCAAGGCCUCGCUCGCAAGAUGGAAAUCAUACUUUCAAUAUGCGACAUAAACAAGCUUCCGCGGAGUCCUUAUCGGAUCCGUUACCUCCCCUCCCUCCACCUGUUCCUCCUGCUCCUCCUAUGCGCCCAGAGGACUAUAUGAUUGAUUCGUUCUCAGCGGAUAGUUACGUAGAAGUCUGCUAUCGAGGAGCUUGUCGUUCAGGAGUUGUACGAUGGGUUGGAGAAGCAUUGAGUGAGGAUAAUGAUCAUCUUCAGAAGAGUGCCAUAGUUGAAUUGGAUGAAGAUAUUCCAGCAGGAUGGAGGAUAGCGCCAUCUUCGAGCUCCAAAGUUUAUCAGAGGGCUGUUAUUGUGCCAACAUCGACGCUUCGAAGAGAUAGGAGAGUUCAGUCAAGUUCGGAAGUGGAUAUGCCCAUAAAGAUCAAAACUGAUUUUGGUAGUAUUGAUAGUGGAAUAGAAACUUCUCGUUGUGAGCCAUCGAAGAUUGUUGAUGAUUUGUUAGGUCGUAUGAAAGGGAUACAAGGACAUAGGAAUAGUUGUUAUAUUGAUGCAACUCUCUAUGCCAUGUUUGUACAAACAACAGCUUUUGACUUCUUAUUGGAAAGGCCAACACAACGGGGUGAUGUUCCUCAAUAUUUUGAAUUUGUUAGAGUUUUAUCCUCAGAAAUAGUAUAUCCGUUGAGAAAGUUUCAUUAUGUUCGAGCUGAUCAUAUCAUGAGAUUACGACAACUAUUAUCAGAAAUUCUUCCUCACAUUAAAGGGUUAACGAAUGAAGAGAAAGAUCCCGAAGAAGUACUGGGUGAAGUCUUCCGUACAAUUCUAAAAGCUAAACCAUUCCUUGAAAUAAUAAAUCUCAAAGAUAACAAAAUUGAUCGAACAUAUCUGUGUCCUUUGAUUGUGGAGGAUUGGCAAGGAGGUGUAGCCACAACACAACAUCUUCUUGAGCGUUCCAUGAAGGGUGCUGGUGUCAAGUUCGUCUUCCCUCCAAAGCUUCUCAUCUUACAGUUGCCUCGAUAUGGUCAACAAAAGGUUUUUGACAAAAUUCUUCCUCUUGAACGGAUUGAUAUUACGGGUCUUGUACAUAAUGCUGUGCAACAAUGCUUUUCGUGUAAUAAACCAGCAGAAGGGAUGUGUCCCGAAUGCUUCUUGUGCAAAAGAGUUUUCCUUACAGAAGUCUCUUUUUGUGUGAACUGUUUUAAAAAGAACCAUCUAAAUGCUGGUGAAGGUGAUCAUCAUAUGCGGGAAUUCUAUCCAAGUGCUCGUCCAGUCAAAAAGGCUCAUGUUCAUAAAAUGACUUUAUCUGCUGUUCUUUGUAUCGAAACGUCUCAUUAUGUGGCAUUUGUUCGUCAUGCUAGCACUGGCCGCUGGCUAUUCUUUGACUCCAUGGCAGACAGGGAGGGCUUAAGUGAAGGUUUCAAUGUGCCCAAAGUGUCUGAAUGCGAAAAGAUGUCCUGGUGGCUAUCAAGCGCUGGCUGGGAUAAGCUACGUAUGGCAGACCAAAUUGGAUGCACUAAUACUCUGUUUGGUAAAGGAAGUGACAUGGAUCCACUAGUAACACGCUUGCUUUCUGACUCAUACAUCUGCUUUUAUCAAGAAGAAUCUUUUCCACAAUCAACAAGCACUAAUUUAAUAACCAAUGUCCUACAAAAAAUGAAAAUGUAG